AUGGACAGGCGAUCUGGGCACACGCCCAUGGACUACGAGUACAGCAACGGCACCGGUCCUGUCGACGAGACCAGCCCGUUCAUCACGGCGAGUCGCAACGCGCAAAGUACAGCGAAGAAACGCACUCACAACUUCCUGGACACGCCGUCGUCGAAACCACAGACGCCCAGCCUCCGUCCCCCCGCCUCCCAGCCCUUUUACUUUUCGCAAACGCCCUCAGCCUUUGGCGCACCACCUCAGCGCAGCCCCGACAAGUCGCAUAUGAAAGACCCCAAAUUCACUACUCCGCGCAAGUUCGACCUAGACUUUAACAGCUCCGGCGGCGAAACACCUGACACGCCCGCCGUCGAAGCCGACAGCGAAGCCACGCCCGACAACAACAUGGGCAUUAGGCGCACCAUCAACUUUAUGGCCGGACGCAGCACCAGCCCCACCAAGAGUCCCAAGAGGAGAGAUAGCUGGUUUAUGAGCGCUGUACGCGGGCUAGGAAGCCCAGGCAAAGAUCGCGACGGUAAAGAAUUGGUAAAAGUGCGGGAGCCGUAUACGGACAAGGCGGAGCGGCGUAUCAUAAAGCGGAGAGAGCGCUCGCGACGUACUCCUGGCGCGCGGCGAACACGUAACAGCAGAGACGAAGACGCAGAAGAUUCGGACGAAGAGGGAGAGAAGAGCACGAAAGACAAGGUCAAACAGAAGGCACAAGAGGCAAAAAGCAGCAUCGUCGCGGCCAUCUUCUCGUACAUCGAAACGCAUCCGGCUCUUCCCCACAUCCUUUCGUACUAUGCGCAACUGCUGCUCAAUUUCUUCGUCGUCUUUGUCAUCAUUUACGCCGUAUACACCUUCUGGACAGCUAUCAAGGGAGAUGUCGAUAUCGAGUCGGAGCGCGCCAUUGCGGAAACGCUGGCUGAGAUGGCGGUCUGCGCGCAGAAUUACCGCGAAAACCAGUGCGAUCCCGGUACGAGGAUGCCGGCGCUCGAAGUUGUCUGCACAAACUGGGAGAAGUGCAUGUCGAAGGAUCCGAAGGCUGUGGGCCGCGCGAGGGUCAGCGCGCAUACAUUUGCGCAGAUCUUCAAUUCCUUCAUUGAACCUAUUAGCUAUAAGGCUAUGGCCUUCUCCCUCGUAAUCAUCUUCGGCUGCAUUGCCAUGUCCAACUUCGCCUUCUCCAUCUUCCGCAACAAAUACGCCCACGACCACCCGCAGCAAUUCCCUCAGAACCAGCAGCAACAGCAACAGCAAUACCCGCCGCACUUUGUCCCUCCCACGCCGCAGCACCGCAUGCCAUCUGGCAACUGGCCCGAGGGCGGCUACUGGACCCCCAUGCACGCCACGCCGUGGCAAGGCGGCUUCCCGCCCAGCGCAGCCAUCAUGCAAAGCAGCGGGAUGGAGCCGGCGCCAAGCGAGCGCGGCAGCCCUGUCAAGGCCGUGGCGUUCAGGUGA